GCUGAUUCCCCACGGCUUCCCGUUCGACAGUAUACCCUUCCCGGAGAUCGAGCACCGCCUCGACUUGAACUUCGUCCGUUUCAAGUAUUGGCUCAACAACCAAGCGGUGGAGGCCUUGCAGCCCGGGCUGGUCGCGGAUCAUGUGGGAGGAGCAUCAGCGCCAGCGUCUGUUUUGGAAAACGCAAAAAUGUUGCCAUCUUCGGCAUUUCUGGCACGGGAUACCCCAAGCGCAAAAAACAACUACUGGCGGUUCUCCCAUCGCGAAGCGCCCACGCCGGAGCUUCAUGCCAUCAAGCGCCGGCAAAGAUGCAGCUUUUGCAUGACAAAUUCCUAGGUGAUUGUAGUGCUGUGUUGGCUUUCGGAAUCUGUCAUGCAAAGAGUGCUAACAGGCAGGAGGUAGAUUUGGGAUUUUGCAUGACCAAUGAGGGGGAGGGGGAGUUGUGCACUCUCAUAGGGUGAUCGAGGAAGACAUGACCGCCGUUCGGGCGUGGAAUGAGCACUACGGGAAAUGGGGCGCCAUUUCAACGUGGCUCACGACCUACGUGGAUGGGUACAACGAAGCCUGGGACGCACGGUGGUUUUACAGGGGCAAGAAACACUAUGGGACUGUCAAGAUUGAAAUCAACAAAAUCGAAAUAAUUUGUGAUGCAUAAAACCGAUACCAGUUGGAGCCGCAGUUUCCAAUCGGCGCAUGAUAAAUUUCGGGAGCACAAAAAUCCAGUCUGUCGUGCUGUUUGGGCAAACAAGGCAGCUCCUGUCGUGCUACUCUGGCCGCGCGUCGUCUUCCCCUAAACAGGCCUGCAAUCGGUCUCAUUUGCUUGCUCCGCAACACAGGCCAUGCGUGCCCUGCAUUUUAUGCAUUGCGAUUUUGUCGAUUUCGAUCCUGACACCCCCAUAAAAACGGGCGGUGGGUCUGGUUCCGGGAAGAUGUCCCCCCAGAGCUCCAGCGGGCGGAGGCGGUCCUGCUGCGAAAUGAAACGAUUAACGAGGGGAAUCCCGACAGAGAGGAAGUGGUUCCGAUUGCGGUCAUCUUCCAUGAUGAAAAGUUGUAGCGUAAGUAGUCGUCGCAGCAGGAAGAUAUUGUUUAAUACCUCGGAGGUGGAAUACAACCCUUUCGUCCACCACAGACGUAGGUUUCAUUAUUUCGAAAUUCUUUAUAGUGUUUGCACAGCACACGUGUACGUUUUCUGGACAACUUUGUUUUUUUUUCACAGGAUAAGUACAGAAUAAGAAUUGGUCGUAUCUAUCAUGCAAUUCUAGCUUGAGUUUGUCUGUAUCGAUAUUAUUAUCAUUUUCAUGACAGAACUGGAAAGAGGAAAGAAAAUAGUUUCUUUUUCUGUGAAGAGUUUGUUUUUCUUUUUUAGCAAUGCAUGCUGUUUUUCAGGCAGUUUUUCUUACCGCCCACCUUCAGACGAAACGAUGAAGAUGCGUGCGCGUCUUGCAAAAAUGUUUGUAUAUUUGGGAAGAUUUUCUUCAAAGUGUACACUAAGCUUGAGCAAAAAGUCCUCGCAUGGUUGUAACUGGCGUACAAGCAACAAGAGAAAACCUCAAACGACAGUAGAGAAAGAUCCUGUCUGCUGGCGCAUGUGAAGUGGACCACGAGUAUAG